GAAACGUACCGCGAAUACCGCGCCGCAACUUUAGCUCAUCGUCAACGACGCAGCGCAACGCAGCGCAACGCAAUAUCACCAUUCCAACUCAACACACACGCACGCGCACGCGCACCACAGUCUUUGAUCGCACCCACACAAACCCUACGCUCAGUCAGAACACUAUCCAUGUCCGCCCCCGGGCCCGAAAGCAUCCCCCUCUCCGCCGACCCGCGGCGCAGCGCCCGGCGGCCACCCGCCAAGAAACUCAAGACCUCCUCCACGCCCACCGCCGCACAGGCCGCCAACCUCGAAGCGCUCUUCGCACACCCCGAGCAAGAGAUCCGCCUGCCUCCAGCACCCGGCACCGUUGCACGGCGAGCCCUCGCCAGUGCCGCCCCACCGGAAAUCGUCGCCAACGUGCAGGGGUCGAGCGCGGGCGCCGGCAGCGGCGAGUUCCACGUGUACAAGGCGGCGCGGCGGCGCGAGUACGAGCGGCUGCGGGCGAUGGACGAGGACGUAGCGUUAGAGCGAGCAGCCGCCGACUUCGCAGCGGCGCAGCGCGCGCGGCUGGAGGCGGAUGCGGAGAAGACGCGGAAGAAUCGCGAGAAGCGGGAGCGGAAGAAGAACAAGGCGGGGAAGGGGAAAGGAGGGGGAGGACAGAAGCAGGGGGGUGGUGAUGGUACGGCGGUUGCGAAUGGUGGUGGGGGAGGUGGGAAGAGCGCGGAUGCGGCUGCUGGAAGAGACGAGGCGUCGGCGACUGCGACGGCGGAUGGUGAGAAGAGCAGUGACGUGGGAGGAGGGAAUUCAAAUUCCGCCAACACCAACAACUCCUUUUCCAGUACGGCCGCUUCACGCAGAGGAGGGCAGUCUACCGGCAAAACGCAAUCGGCGGGGGCAACGGCCGGCGAGUCGGGGCUGAUCAUUCACGACGACGAUUGACGGGGAGCACAUCACUGUUCACCAACUUGACACCAAAAAUAGACUAGACACCUCAGGCAGACAGCAGUAGACGGAUCAUGAUGCAUGCGGGAGGGGGCCGGUUCACGGAAACCCUUUUGUCUACCAUGGCCAGGUCUAUAGGGGCAUUUUACUACAUGGUUUUUUCUCGGCGGAGGAAGAUAGCGGGCGGGCACACACACCCCCCAGACCUCCCCAAACAGUAACCGACCGGCUCUCAGGCCCAGGUCGUUACAUCUAAUCAUCUCCUCCGGCAGCGCCGGUGCCAACGCCCGGUUGGGCCUUUCUGGCGCUGCAGAUAUCGUCCACUCUCAAUAAGAGACAGGCAGCCUGUAAGAUAAUGGUCAGUCAGCACGUAGUAAACAGCGGGUCUGCCAUAGACAGUGGGACUACCAUAGACAAUAGAAACGCACCUCGAUCGCAGUCUUCAUGCUC